UCAUGUGACCAUCAUUUACAUGUAACCCGGAAGCACUGUGAACGAGCGGGAAGUCGAAAGUUCAAGCGAUUUUUAAAAAAAAACGAAAACUCCAUCUGGUUUUUCAUAGUGUUGUAUGUUUAUGUGUGUUAAGUGGGCACAAACUUUGCAAUCAAGCAGAUUGUGUGGACUACUACGAUAAACUUGCCGCGGCACCACGAGCCAGAUAUUUCGCGGUCUUUGUGCUCGACAUGCCAAUGGCGGACAGGACGCUCUCGCAGGACUUGAAGCGUUGGGCGAAAGAAGAGUUCAAUCUUCCCCCGGAGAGCCUGCCGAAUGAGAGCUACUUCAAAACGCUGUGUGUUGGCGCAGGGAAGUCAAUAUGGAAGUUUGUCAUCCAGCACGUCUUCCAGGAAAGAAAUGUGAGGAUCAUGCGAGGGAAUCUUCAGUGGUACAAAGGGCUUCAAGACAAAGAGAUGAAGCAGAGCGAGCACCAGAGCAUGGCCUUGAAGCAGAGUGAGCUUCAAGAGACCAUAAAGCAGCUCCGGUCCGAGAUCAGCCACCUGGACUCUGAGAUCAGCGCCACUGAGGAUCAGCUUGCCACCCAAGAGCGGUCUAUUGCCUCCACUUGGGCCCAGGUGGAGGACAGUCAACGCAGGAAGUUGCUCCUCCAGGCCUUCAGACAAAACUGUGUCUCGAAUCGCACAUUGCUGUCCAGUGACGUUCAAGAGAUCAGCGGGUACUGCAGAUCUCUGGAGCAGAUGGCCAGGAAAGCAGAGGUUGAUGUGCUGUUUGGUAGUCAGCUUCCUGGCAACUGUGACAGGAAAACACUCCACUCUAAACCUGCAGUAGAAGCACAAGUCCUGGUUGAAGUGAGAAAGCUGUGUAACGACAGGGUCCACUUCUAUCAGUCCUUGCAAGAGAGUGAAUUGAAAACGGCAAAGUCCGCAUCCACACGUAUGACGGCUGAGAACAGGACUGCAUUGUUUCACUACUGGUUAAGUGCAGUGGAGAACCUGUUGGGUGCGUAUCCUCCAAACCACAUCCUCUCUGCUUUGCAACAUUUGGCUGUCAGAGAGCAGAAGGAGUUAGAGGAGAAAGUAUCUCAGGAUGUCACCCGAGAUGUGGCUGCUCUUGGAUUUUGUCACGAAAGUCGUCUUCUGCUGGACAUAUCAGGAGAAGAGGAGAACGUCUUGCCAUCCAUUGAUGCUCUCUUGCAGGCUGCGUGGCAGAAAGUGGAGGAGAGUCUGGUUGAGUUAUCGCAGACUCGCUCCAGAGUCCAACAACUCCAGAACCAGCUGCUGGCUCGCAGGAAAGAGGCGGAGCAGGCAGUUUCUGGGUUGGGUGAUGAUCCUCACAACGAUACUCUGGCACUGUCAGCUUUGGAUCUGGAACUCCAGUGUGUGAUGAAGGCAGCAGCCAGAGAUCAUAUCAGAGACUGGUGCAUCCAGCUCGACCAGCACGCCAGAAGCCGGCAGGAGGCACUGCAGAAGCUUCGCGGCCAGUGGCAGAGCGUUAUGGACUUCAGACAACAAGUGCUCCUCAGACAGGAUCAAUUAAGGAAUCUGAUCAAGGGAAACUCAUCAGCUAAAGCUGAGCUGAUCCGGACGCACCAAGAGCUGCAGGACUUUUUAAAAAGCGAAGUGUUGCCGCAGUUCAAAGAGGUCACCGCUGCUGCCAAGAGUCUAAGGAACUCUAUCUCCAAGGAGGUUAAACAGUUGGGCACCAUUUCACUUCAGGCUCUGGACCGGAGGACUGUCGAAGGAACGCAAAGAAUCCCAGCAUCGCGGCUGUCCAUCCAUCGCCUGCAGUCUCCGACCUUCAGCAAGCUGUGUGGAAACAUGGCGUUCCCUCUCUACAGGGCUCCAGAGGAGUUGUGCUCCAAAGCGCGCAGGGACCAGCUGGAGUUGCGUUUUCUCCGUCAACUACUCCAACUUCACUCUGCCACUUUGCGGAAAUCAGCGAAGGGGGCGGAACUAUUGCUUGCAUCCGAUCAUAAAGCCUUGCUCUCCAGAGUUAAAGAGGAAGAUGCAAAGUUGCUGCAAUCUCUGGUCCCGAGAGUUCGAGCCCUCACCCACAGAUGUGCACAAGGUGUUACUUACGGAGAACAAGGCAAAAGGGCCUUAUCUUACUGGUGGGAUCAACCAGCACAACAUGUCCUCUCUGAAGUCCGCCAUGGAGGAAUGACUUUUCAACAGUGGCUCCAGAGGUGGAAACUGGCUGCCAAAGUCUAAGUAAAGGAGAUUACUUUUAGCAUUUUAAUGUAACAAAACUGUCAAGAAAACAGUCCAAAUUCUCGCAGGUUAUUUCCUCAUCACGAAUUGUUUCUGUUUUACCGUCUUCUGUUUACUAAUAAAUAUAGUCCAGUGA